CUUUGCAAACCUACUCGGGGGGCGGAGAGAGCCGCCUCGCGCGCCAGCAGCGCAGGGGCUGCCUCUGUCACGGAAGGCGGCUGGCUGGGGAAGCCUCCUGCGGCUGGAGCGGUCCUCUUCCUCUGACUCUUUGCCCGGUGGCAGGCGCUCCCGCCCGGGUCCUCCUUGUUGUUAUGGUCGAGGCAGGAAGUGAGGAAUGUUUUCACGCUGACUGACUGACUGAGCCGAGGAGAGCAGGCGGGGACCGCGGCUCUUUGCCACAGGAAAGGGUGGGGGGCAACCCGAGAAGUCGCUUUCCAAGCAAGACACGUGAAAUGGCUUUUUCCUGACUCGCUCUCCAGGGCGCGCCCGGCGGUGCGCGGCGAAAGAAGACCUCUCUUUUCCUUGGAGAGUUGUCAUGUCUGCUUCCUUGGCUCAGAAUGUGGAGGAGAACUUGCGGCUGUGUAAUGGCAGCAGCUGCCGGUUGAUUGCCUGGUGCCUUCACAGCUCCUGACUGCCCACGGGAGGCGAGACGGUCCUUGAUGGUUUUCUGUGACUUAUUGUGGAUGUUCUAGGAAAGAAAAUGCCACUGCCUUUUGGGCUGAAGCUGAAACGAACUCGACGCUACACAGUGUCUAGCAAGAGUUGUUUGGUGGCCCGUAUCCAGCUGCUCAACAAUGAGUUUGUGGAGUUCACACUGUCAGUGGAGAGCACUGGCCAGGAAAGUUUGGAGGCUGUGGCCCAAAGGCUGGAACUCCGAGAGAUCACCUAUUUUAGUCUGUGGUAUUACAACAAGCAAAACCAACGCCGGUGGAUAGACCUGGAUAAGCCUCUGAAAAAGCAACUGGAUAAAUACGCAUUGGAGCCAACUGUAUAUUUUGGUGUGGUGUUUUAUGUGCCUUCUGUCUCUCAGCUGCAGCAGGAAAUUACCAGAUACCAGUAUUACUUGCAAUUGAAGAAAGAUAUCUUGGAAGGAAACAUUCCUUGCACAUUUGAGCAAGCAAUUCAUCUGGCGGGCUUAGCUGUUCAAGCUGAUUUUGGAGAUUAUGACCAGUAUGAAUCACAAGAGUUUCUACAGAGAUUUGCCUUGUUUCCUGUGGGUUGGUUGCAAGAUGAGAAAAUUCUGGAAGAAGCAACCCAGAAAGUGGCCUUGCUCCAUCAGAAGUACAGAGGUCUCAUGCCUCCUGAUGCAGAGAUGUUAUAUAUGCAAGAGGUUGAGAGAAUGGAAGGUUAUGGUGAAGAGAGCUAUCCUGCAAAGGACAGCCAAGGAAGUGAUAUAUUCAUUGGAGCGUGUCUCGAUGGAAUCUUUGUGAAGCACAAAAAUGGCCGCCCUCCUGUCAUAUUUAGGUGGCAUGACAUCGCUAACAUGUCUCACAACAAGUCCUUUUUUGCUCUAGAGCUGGCAAACAAAGAAGAGACAAUCCAGUUCCAAACUGAAGACAUGGAAACAGCAAAGUAUGUGUGGCGGAUGUGCGUGGCCAGGCACAAAUUUUAUAGGCUAAAUAAAUGUAGCCUAGACAACCUAGACUCUCCGCCUGAGGAAGGCUCUCAGAAAUCUUUCCUCAUUCUUUCCUUUCCACGCUUUCCAAUCCUUUCUCGUCCUUCUCUACCCAAAGGACAAACUCAGACGGUGACUGUGAAUCCAGUUAGGAGGCGAUCCUCUUCCAGGAUAUCUCUGCAGCCCAAACCACAGCCUUAUAUGAUGCCACCACCGCCUCAGUUACAUUACAAUGGACACUACACAGAGCCAUAUACAUCUUCUCAAGACAAUCUCUAUGGAAAUACUCAGAAUGGCUAUUACUGCCACUCUCAGACCAGCCUAGAUAGAGCCCCUCAUGAUUACAACGGGAGAAUCCGCAAUGGCAGCGUCUAUAGUGCCCACAGCACCAGUUCUUUGAAUAACCCACAGCACUAUAUGCAGCCGUCACCGAUGUCCUCCAACCCAAGCAUUACUGGCAGUGAUGUCCUGCGACCUGAUUAUGUCCCCUCACACCGGCACAGUGCCCUCAUUCCACCUUCUUAUCGGCCUACUCCAGAUUACGAGACUGUGAUGAAGCAGCUUAACCGGGGAAUGAUGCACUCAGACAAGCAGAGUCAUUCUAUGAGGAACCUCAACAUUGGCAACUCCUACGCCUACAGUCGGCCCGAUGCCUUGGUGUACAGCCAGCCUGAAAUCCGAGAACAUGCUAAUUUCACUUCCCCUCAGUCAGGCCACUACCCAUUUAAUCUAAAUUACAGUUUCCACAGCCAGUCCCCUUACCCCUAUCCUGCUGAAAGGCGCCUGGUUGUUGGAGCAGUGAGUGUUCCUGAGCUCACCAAUGUUCAGUUGCAAGCCCAAGAUUAUCCUGCACCAAACAUAAUGAAGACUCAAGUGUACCGCCCUCCUCCUCCUUAUCCUUAUCCAAGACCUGCUAACAGCACUCCGGACCUUUCCCGACACCUCUACAUCAGCAGCAGCAAUCCAGAUCUCAUCACUCGCCGGGUCCACCACUCAGUCCAGACAUUUCAGGAGGACAGCCUGCCAGUUGCCCAUUCCCUCCAGGAGGUGAGUGAGCCCUUAACAUCAGCCCGGCAUGCUCAGUUGCAGAAGAGGAACAGUAUUGAGAUAGCUGGGCUGGCCCACAGCUUUGAAGCCAUGAGGGUUAAAGAGAGGACCAUGUCAGCGUCUGCUGCAGAUGUCGCCCCUCCAAAGGUUGUUCCUGCUCAGCCCAUUGUUUUCCAGGAGAGAACGAAACCAGAGGAAAAUGAGGAGCGAGAAGAAAAUGUCAACUAUGGACAUAAGAAGUCUCUUUCAGACGCCACAAUGUUGAUUCACAGCAGUGAAGAAGAGGAAGAGUUUGAAGAAGAAAACAAGACUCCUGCCCCUUUCUCCCCUCUCAUCAAUGGAAAACCCCAGCUUCCCUCUGUUCUGGGAUGUUAUCCUCUGGAAUCUUUGCUGAACUACCCCUACAGUUCUGCUGUUGCUUCUCCUGGUCCUUUGCACAUCCUUGAGCCUAAGUUGCACAUUACUGAGACAGAGAAGAAGGUAAAAGAGGGGAAUCCUGCUCCGGUCAUGGCUGACACCCAGGUGCACAGAAGAGGUGACGGACUGUUGACUCCAUCAGUGUCUGAGUCUGACUUAACAACAUGCACAAGAUACAGAAUGCGAAAGGAUUCAGUGAAGAAGAGACCUGUAUCGGAACUUCUUUCAGGGAAGAAAAAUAUAGUGGAAGGACUGCCUCCUUUAGGGCAGGUCAUGAAAAAGAACAGAGCUGAAGCCAAAAAAAUAGGACCUUUGAAGUUAGCUGCUUUGAAUGGACUGACGUUGUCUCGGCUGCCGCUGCUGGAUCAAGGAAAGGAGGAACCUGCCAGGACAACCAACGAUGAACGAAGUAAAAGUUUGGAACAGCGGUUAGAACAAGGCAUGGUGUUCACUGAAUAUGAACGUAUCCAAAAGAAAAGGCUCACAGAUGGUGAGUGUUCGAUAGCCCGGCUCCCAGAAAAUGCUGAACGGAACCGCUUCCAGGAUGUGCUUCCUUAUGAUGAAACCAGAGUAGAGUUGGUCCCGACUAAGGAGAACAACACAGGUUAUAUCAACGCAUCCCAUAUUAAGGUUGCUGUUGGGGGCAUGGAGUGGGACUAUAUUGCUACUCAAGGUCCUUUGCAGAAUACGUGCCAAGAUUUUUGGCAGAUGGUGUGGGAACAAGGGGUUGCCAUUAUAGCUAUGGUGACAGCAGAAGAGGAGGGCGGCCGAGAGAAAAGUUUCCGGUACUGGCCACGGCUCGGCUCAAGGCACAAUACAGUGACCUAUGGAAGGUUCAAAAUUACCACACGAUUCCGGACAGACUCUGGUUGUUAUGCAACCACAGGUCUGAAGAUAAAACACCUCCUCACAGGGCAAGAGAGAACAGUGUGGCACCUACAGUAUACUGAUUGGCCAGAGCAUGGCUGUCCGGAGGACAUAAAAGGAUUUCUGUCAUACUUGGAAGAGAUACAAUCUGUACGGCGCCAUACAAACAGCACCGCGGAUCCUGCUACUCCCAACCCUCCCCUGUUGGUGCACUGCAGUGCUGGUGUGGGAAGGACUGGAGUGGUCAUCUUGUCAGAAGUCAUGAUAGCCUGUUUGGAACACAAUGAGGCAUUGGACGUCCCAAGAAUGUUGAAUAUGUUGAGACAUCAGAGGAUGAUGAUGGUGCAGACGUUGUGCCAAUACACAUUUGUUUAUGGAGUUCUUCUUCAGUUCCUUAAGAGUUCAAGGCUUAUCUAAACCUUCCCUUCUCCACGUUGAGACCUGUUAUUUACAAGAGUUUACAAAAGCAGAAUUUGCCUUCUGUGGGGAGUUGUCAAGGACACAACUUACAUGGAGUUACCUUUCUGAUAUAGUUUGAAGAAGCUGAGUGCAAGUCCGGUGUCGUCCUUUUGGUCUUUGAAGAGCAAGGCCUUGAGCAAAUAGGCUCUCCUUUCUUUGUCCCUGUGCAGUUAUAGCAGGAACAAGAAAGGAAGGAGUGUGUGCUUUUUGUAAAUGUACUGGUAUGCCGUGUUUUCUAUGUACUCUUGAGAGUGUGUUACUGUAGGCAAACCAAGUGCUGAUACUACCAAGAUAGCACAGUGUCCCAUCAAAAAUCAUGGAUGGUUUAUUUUUUUAAUUCAAUUUUUAUUUUUAAAAAUUCACUUCCAAAUUAGAGAGAUAAAACCCUGAAAUUAUACUUAUGUAUGUUUGUAGAUAUUGGGGUGGGGGGUGGGGAAUAAGACGUGUGCCCGGAAAAUGCAAAAGCCACAAAUGGUAUCACUGUGCUUUGAAUUUUGUAUUUAAAUCAAUGUUAAUAUAUUUUUAAGUAUCCGUGGAUUGCACCAAUUCACAUUGGAACCAACAGCUGCAAUAAACCUCUAAAAGUAGCACUUGAGGCAAUUAGUUUUAUAUUUAGCUAAUUUUUUCUUGAACUCUUCAUAAAAACUAUAGAAAGCACAAUAUUACAGAGUAGAUAUAUAUAAGUGAGGAAUGUGGGGUCUUGAGCUCUUUUAGUUAAGAUUUGCACAGAGCAAGAGGAGGACAUGGGAAGUGGUAAUAGACUGUACAGUGUCGAGUGUAAUAAAAUAAGCAAGAGCAGUGUCAUUGAAUGAAAAAGGUUAAGUCAUAAAACGGGAGAUGAAAUACACUUGGCGUUUCUCUCCACCACGGUAUGAUAUAAGGGGUGAAAAUGUUGCCAAAAGUAUUAUUAUUUUAUUUUGAAGAUGGUUGACUACUACUUGUUGAAAUCAUAGUGGAUGAAGGUGACCCUUAAGCACUUUUAACAAGUGGGCGUACCGUUACCAUUCUUUUUUUUUUGUCUUAGGAAAUACUUUUUAAGAUAAAGCAAGUGAGAGAAGACCUGGUUUUAAAGUAGAACAUGGUUUUUGGGGCGACUGGGGAGGUUGUGCUUGAGGCAGGAAGGUGCGAGUGCCCUUGCUGGUUUACAUUCUCAUGUAAAGGUUGCAGUAUUACUAGUUUUGUUUAUAUUCCCUAUCAAGGAAUUUUUUUAAAAAAAUUUUUUUACAUUACAAUCCUUGAAUCAGUUUCUGUCAGCUCACAUAUUCCUGGGCGAUGUCUUUAAAACUACCGUCUCUAGGAGGAGAUAAGGACAUUAGAAGGGACUGUGCAUUUUUUUUUUUUGGUAAGGUCUACCCACUUCUUUAUGAUCACUUGGAGGCCAAGAUAAAGUAAAGGUCCUAAGUGGACCAUAAAAGCAUAUGAAGGCAUACUUGUUUAAAGCAAAAAAAUAUGAUACCCCUCACCCCCAUAAUGCCUAUCAUGUAGCCAGAGGGUUGUGGGUUAGGUAGCAAUUCUCUGCAGAUGCUUAUGCAAUAAACUUAAAAUGGUUGUGAACAUCACAAGAGUAAAUAAUUUGCCACAAAGCUCCUCUAGCUGUGUAUGUGGGACUGUUUAGCCAAUGAUCAAAUUAAUGUCUUGUUUCUGGAACGAGGCGCAGAUAUGUUUUCUUUCAGAUUUUGGCCAUGCUGAUUUGGGGGCUGUUUGGUCCCCAGGCAUGUGAGGGUAAACUGCUGUUGAAGAGACUUGUGGAGUGCCUUAGUCAGCCUCAUUCUUUGGCCUUGGGACAUGUUUUUGGACUGGCCUGAAUGCUUUUGAGGACAGUGAGGCUGACUUACAUGGUGCCAAGUGAUGGGCCUUUUGUCAUCUCCCUGUUGGAGAUCAAUCCAGCCUUCCAUCCAAUCUUUAGGUCGAUCCAGCCAUCCUCCAUUUUAUAACACAGCAAUAACAUUUGAUUUAUAUACCACCCUUCAGGACAACUUAACAUCCGCUCAGAGCAGUUUACAAAGUAUGUUAUUAUUAUCCCCCACAACAAUCACCCUGUAAGGUAGGUGGGGCUGAGAGAGCUCCAAAGAGCUGUGAGUGACCCAAGCUGGCUUCAAGUGGAGGAGUGGGGAAUUUUGCCUUCCUUCAGGCUAAGGAGACUUCUUCCCACUUAAGUGGCUCUUCCUCCAAUGGAAGAGCCCCUUAAGUUGGAGUAAAGCUUCAAACAUGAGACCAAAAGGAAAAGUUGGUGUGUGGGGAGGGAAAUAAUAAUAAAGUUUGCUCACCAUCAACAGCAGCAUCUUCAGUUGACCCCACUGUGGUAUGGCAUUUUGGCUAAUUUCUUGGACAACACAAGACACUGACAAUGCUACAUCUGACUUUCUCCUCAAACGGGGUCUCUUGUAUCAAAACUUAACUGUGGAUGGGGAUAUAGGGGAAUAGAUUUGACGAUAACAGAGGGAUUUGGAACUAUUCUGCAUGCACAACAGGGCAAUUGGAACAGUAAAAUUUGUACAUGUUUUUUUUUGUUAACAUGACAGGAUAGGGGAAUAUGUUUUCACGUGUCUGUAUUGAAUGGGGCUCUUGAAACUCAAAAAAAAAUCUUAGAGGUUUUGUUAAAUUUGGCUUUGGUUUUAUCAGGUUAUUCCUUGAAAAUGUAUUCAGCACAACACAUGGUUUGUGCAUCUGCCCCGCUGCUGAGAGGCCUGCUGCCACCAUGUAAGUCACGGGCAAAGUGUUUGCAGGCAAACAAUUUUCUCGCUCUCCUUAAAGCAUCUUCUAGUGCCCUGUGUCAGUGAAGCGAAAAGAACUACUCAGAAAUCUCACUGGUGCAACUAUUGCACUGUCAGAUUUGGAACUGACCUCUUAUCCAGUGAAGCUUUUGGGCCUUCCCUUUUCACCCUGCAAAGAAUCAGCUGCUUGCAUUGCAUAGCAAGUUGCUUUUGAAACUCAGGGGAAUUUUAAAAAUGCUUUGUGAAGCGAACAUGAGCAGGGGGCAGCUAUGAAAAAAGAUGUUUUACUUGGCAUGUGCAGGACUUUGGGGGAAGCCCAAUGACGCACUCUAGAUUGUACCUCUUGUUAUGACACCCAGGUGUGGAAGUUUCCAUGACACCCUUAUGUUCGUCUCUGCAGUUUCACUCAGAACUGUGCAAGCACAGGCCCUGAUGUGGAAUGUCCAAUUGACAGCUGUUACACUUGGUUUGGCAGGUCCAGGGCUUUCCCAUUCAUUUCUUCCCCAAGAAUCCUGCUGGUCCAUUUGAAGUUAGUUUCUUUGGUUCAUUUUUCUUGGGAAUCUUUUUUUUUUUGAGCUGAGGAAUGAAGCAAGGCUUACAGUAAGUGGCUAUUGGAUAUAAGUUGUAGGUUUUUUUACAGGUGUAUGAGCGAGAUUGUGUCUUUUAGAUCUGCAGCUUUUUUUUUUUUAACUCCCAUUAAAAACUUUUCUCGAGGCAAAGCUGAAGAAGAAAUCAUACAAAGGGAAAGUUGCAUGCUACAUUAUUUCACUGGAAUAUCCUAAAACAUUUAGAGGCUGAAACGGUAUGGAAACCUCCUGAAACUGUUCUGAGAGGAAAUUGGCUGGCUAGGAGAUCGAAUUUUUCCCCGUAAGGUAAGAUAUUUCUGUCAAAGAAGCUGAACUGAUACUCCUUUCUGGGCCCUAUCCUGCACUGCACCUGGGGCCAAAACACCUAUUGACUUCAUUGCUGGUUUAGGACAAGCAGCUAGUCCUGGUUCACGUUACCACAGUGGUGUCAGAGGUGCUUCCCCAUUCUCUCCUCAGUUUUUCUUGUCUUAGCUUUAUACAGGAACUGUGUAGGAUGGGCAAAUGAUGUGGUUCUUUCCCACACGAGUAUUGGCCUCUUGAGGGGUUAAAUAAUGUUUGCCUGAGAACGAUCCAUAUGAUUUGCAUGUCCAAAAUGGUUUUGCCCAACUGGACCGUAAGAAAGAAGCUCUGCUCUUCUUUCCACUCUGACAACAUACAGAAUAUACAGCCCCUUAGCCCAAAGGCUAUUGGGAAACUGUUCUGAGCAGGAAGGGUUUUAACGGAUCCUGCAAGGCAUCUUGAGAUUCCAAGACCUCAAAAUCCCUUUAGCCAAAAUGGGUGCUUAGCUACUUUUAGGAUUUUCUCUGCAACAAAAGAGGUGCUGGAUCUUGCCUUUAAUUUCCCCUCUUCUUUUUAUGCCAGUACUGAUUAGUACUGUGCUUCAACAGUAGCACGUGUCAUUAUCCAAGUAUUAUUUUUUUCUAGAAUCAAGCUAAGAGUUUUACGGUGUGUGCUGUCUCGUCCUCAAGUCAAUACUGUAAAAAUGUAUAAUCACCGCAGCUUUAAUUCCUGUACAAUUGAAAUGGGUUUGUAAAACAAUGUACAAAUUGUAUUUCAUAGAUAGGCUUGUUUUACUUUGAUAUGUAAUAUAUGUGAAAUGGAUUAUAUUACAGUCUAUUUUUGCCAUGGAAAUAAAUAUUUGAAGUGCUUA